CUUCCGUAUAGUCUACCACAGCCUAGAAUUCUCGGUGGUCAAAGAAAAGAUUAAUAUAUGAUUGACCCGAAGGGAGUGUUGAGUAGAUUUAAAUUCUAACCACAGCAAAUCCUCUAACUAUAGGACUCAUAACUCAUUAUUGUCAAGAGGUUGUACGGGUAUAUCGAAAUUGAAAGAUGAAGUGCUUCGCAUUAGCAGGAGCCCUCCUAUCAGGGCUCUUUCUACAACAUACCUCUGCCGCCCCCCUCGCGGAUACAUCUAGCAUAAGGGCCAUGUACUUAUUCAAAGAUGUAAUGAAAUCGAACACUACAGCGCUGAAGACAUCUGGCUUCAACUCACUCAUCAUCUUCGGCGUUGGCAUCCUAGAUGAUGGCGGCAUCAUGUAUUACUCGAACACACCGGGAAGCUCUGAUGUCCUUAUCGCUUCUAAUGGCAGCUAUGUCGGCGGCGAUGCUCUCUCUGAGAAGGUCCGGUCGUUUAAGACAGGUGAUACGGGGGUCAAUCGGGUUGAGAUCUCAAUGAAUUCUCAGCACGUCGCGGAUCUCGUCCAAACCCCGGGGACCGGGGCCUCCACACCGCUAUACCGUAAUUUCGCGGCGCUAAAAGAGGCAUGGGAUCUCGACGCCGUGAACAACGAUGACGAGUCCAUAUACGACGUCUCCAGCACGGUUGCAUUUGCGCAGAUGCUUGGCAACGUGGGAUAUAAAUACACCAUCGCGCCAUACACCAACAUAGCCUUUUGGACCUCUCUUAAGACGCAGGCUAACAAGGACCUUGAAGAACCGAAUCUGCUCUUGGAUAGAGUGUAUUUGCAGUGCUAUGACGGCGGAGCGGGCAACAACCCCGCAAGCUGGCAGACUACUCUCGGUCUCAAGGUUGUACCUCUCGUGUGGGUUACGAAUGAUUCGAAACCAUCGCAGGGAGUUACCUCUGCGCAGGCACAGUCUAAGUUCCAGGGGUGGACUGCGCAAACUACCCUAGCCGGAGGUGGGUAUUGGAACGACUAUGAUAUCGAGAAAAUGGGAUCAUCGUACACGGACUAUGGGAAUGUAUUAGAAAGCGUCUUCCCAUGAAGCUAGCCCUGUUUAUAAUAAGCCCUUAGAUAUUCAAAGGACAUUGUGUAAAUAUGCUAUCUUGAUGGCUUCCCGCAAUCGAUUCGGAAAUUGGGAAUCUGCCUCCCAAACCGCCUCAAAGAUAUAGCUC